AUGGCUGGAUCUGGAAGCUCAGAGGCUAGAAUCCCAAUUUUCUCUGGUGAGAACUAUGAGUUUUGGAGGAUUAAGAUGGUUACCAUAUUCAAAUCGUAUGGUUUAUGGAGUUUGGUAGAGAAGGGUUUUUCAAUCCCGGAUUCAAAGAAGAAGAAGGUAUCUGAGGACAUCUCAGAAGAAGAAGUGGAUGAGAAAACAGCUGCGAUUCUCAUGAAGGAUGCGAAAGCAUUUGGUAUCAUCCAAAAUGCCGUUUCUGAUCAGAUUUUUCCACGGAUUGCACAUGCAGAUUCUGUGAAGAUGGCUUGGGAAUUGCUAUAUGCUGAAUAUCAUGGUGGAGAGCAUGUCAGAUCGGUAAAACUUCAAAACCUCAGACGUGAAUUUGAGUAUACUAGGAUGCGUGAUAAUGAAUCCUUAUCUGACUAUCUUACUAGACUGAAUGAAUUGAUUAACCAAAUGAAAACAUUUGGUGAAGCUCUGUCAAAUGAGAGGCUGGUUCAGAAGGUUUUAAUUAGUCUUAGUAAGAAGUAUGAUCCUAUAUGCCUUGUGAUUGAAAACACAAAGACACUAGAAACUGUAGAGUUGCAGGAAGUGAUUGCCAUUUUGAAGAGUAAAGAGCAAAGGCUUGAAAUGCAUAGUGUUGAUACAGUUGAGAAGGCAUUUGCCUCAUUCACUGUGAAUUCCAAAGGACAGAAUAAAAAUGCUUCUCAGUCUAGUUCAUCUAAGUCACAGAGAAACUGGAAUUCUAAAGGGAAGUCAUGGGAGUCAAAAGACAAGUCACAGCAGAAUAAUUAUUCUGCACAGAGCAACACCUCAACACAGUACAAGGGAAAACCAAAAUGCUAUAAUUGUGACAGAUUUGGACAUCUUGCUAGAGAUUGUACGGUGAACAAGAAUGUGCAGAAGGCUAAUUGUUUAAAUCAAAUGGAGGUGACAGGGAACUUGUUUUAUGCAAAUUGCACAACCACUGAGAUCAAAACCAAUGGAGAAUGGUAUGUUGAUAGUGGCUGUAGCAACCAUAUGACAGGAAACUUAGAGUUGCUGGUUGAUGUGAGAACAAAUGUGGCUGGAAAAGUACAAAUGCCAACUGGUACACUUGUGAGUGUAGCUAGAAUUGGUUCAUUGAGGAUUGAUACAGCAAGGGCAGAAAAUACAUCAGAGACGUAA